UCCCUUCGUCCGAACUCGACAAGAGGGAAAGCGUCGCCGGAGCCGAAGCUCGCCGGCGAGAACUCAAGGGAAGUCUCCCCGCCCCUGCUCGCCGGCUCUUCAGCACGCACACCCUUUCCGGCGCAAGGAUGGCCGAAGAAGAAGGAGAAGAAGGGCAGCAGCAGCAGCAUCGACUGACCCCGCCCGACGAACCUGCGGAGGCCGCUCAGCAGGACUACUCGUGGCCCGCGAUUCGGUUCGACGUCCCUCCUCAGAGAACCUACCAUUUCCACAAGCAGUUCGCAACUGACCAGAAGCCGAACAACUUUCUUAAGGGCGUCAAAUGGUCGCCUGAUGGGACUUGCCUUCUCAGUAGUUCGGAGGACAAUACCCUUCGUGUGUUCGCCUUACCAGAGUACGGGGGCGACGACAGCGCAAAUGCGAGUUCGUCAAAUCUUGAUGAAGAUUCCUUUGCAGCAAAUCUUGUUGUGACGGAAGGGGAAUCGGUUUAUGAUUUCUGUUGGUACCCUUACAUGUCUGCUACAGACCCAGUAAGCUGUGUAUUCGCAUCAACGACUCGUGAUCAUCCAAUUCAUGUCUGGGAUGCUACUACUGGACAGCUACGUUGCACUUACAGGGCUUAUGAUGGUGUGGAUGAAAUUACAGCGGCAUUUUCGAUUGCAUUCAAUCCUGCAGGGAACAAGAUCUUUGCUGGAUAUAACAAAUCCAUAAGAGUGUUUGACGUACAUCGCCCUGGUAGAGAUUUUGAGAGGCACUCAACACUUCAAGGAAAUAAAGAAGGUCAAACAGGUGUGUUAUUGUGUUUGUCCCGGUUUAGCUAUUGCUAGAGAUUUGUUUAACAAGUAAA